UAGUUUUAGCUUACAGGUGACGACCUAAUUCCAAGUAUUUUGAAAUUUGAAUAAUCAAGGUUUGUUAUUGCAAAACGAAACCAAAGCCGGAGAAGGCGGAAGUAUUUCAAAACCUAAUUCCUUUCUUGUUCUCGAUUUAUUUGCUUUACAAUCAGAACGACAAAUAAUAUAAAAAAGAUCGUUGAUAUCUACUUCUACAGUGUAAAGUAGAGCAACGCUUUACUAGCUGUAAUUGUAAAGAAUGGCUUGCAGCCCGACAGAAGACGAGUAUGGCUACGACGACAGUCGGUUUCAAAAAGAUAUCGACGAAAAUUUUCAUUGUUCAAUCUGCUACAAUGUUCUCAAAGAACCGAGGAUGUGUAGGAAUAACGAACACAUCUUCUGUCUCGCCUGUAUCACCCGAAAUCUCAACGAGAACUCUGAAACAUGUCCUGAAUGCAACGAAGAUUUGAGUGUAGAUACGCUUCGUCGAGCACCUCGUUUGGUGAAUAAUUAUUUGUCUGAGCUUAAAAUAAAGUGUGACUUUGCUAGUCGGGGAUGUCCCGAAUUUAUCCGUCUCGAAGCUCUGGAAACUCAUGGUCUGAAUUGUGGGUUUUCUCCUGUGUUGUGUUCAAACGAAGAAUGUGGUUUGGAGAUUAACAAACAAGACAGAGCCCAUCACGAGACUGAAGUUUGUGAAUACAGGAGAGUGAAAUGUCAUGACUGUGGACAGAUACACGAGCUUGUUGGAACGACUAACGAGAAAGUAGAAGUCUUGAAGGAGAAUAUGAAACAAGAAUUCAAAAAGUUCGAAGUAGUUAAGAAAGAUGUAAAAUAUGUAAAGGAAAAUCUUUCCAAAGUAAAUAAAAAUGUGGCUGAACUUAAAGUUACGAUGACACAAAUACUUCAAAAGUUAAACAAUCUUGAAAUGAUGGUGAAUUCGCCAUCCCCAAUGAAGCCAAAUGCAGGUGCUAUGUUACCAGGUACAUACGGGUCUGUGUCAAUGCCGACAUCAGCAUUACGGAAUACCAGGUAUGCAUGGCCAUCGCCGGCAACAAUAAAUCACGGUCGAGUGCGGAAUAUACGACCGGGUCAACACCUUCUAAAUCCAUCAGUUUUGGCUCAAGCGUCACCUCCAGAUCAAAAACAAAUGUUGGGCGAGCGUCUUUUCCCACUCAUUCAACAAACCCACCCUGAUUUAGCUGGCAAGAUAACAGGAAUGUUGUUAGAGGUAGAUAAUGCAGAACUACUCCACAUGUUGGAGUAUCGUGAAGCAUUGGCUGCUAAAGUACAGGAAGCUGUGAGCGUUAUCCAAGCCCAUCAAGCACGGGAAUCGAAGUAACAUUAAAUUACCCAAGACUUUAGUAUAUCAGGGCUUGGCGCACAUGCUACAAUUUUUGUCGGCCGAUUUAUGACUUACGUGCAUGGUAUUUAACUAAGCCAAUGCAGAGGAACGAGAAAAAUAAGCGCGUAGAUCAUCCAAAUGACUGUUUCUUGUUUUACUAACAUGAAUCUAACUAAACCUCAAGUUGGCCGACUUAAACCGUAUCGUGUGCGUCCAGUUCUCGGACACAACCAGAACGGAAACGCCGAAACAGGCAAAGUAGAAAAGCUGAAAAAAAAGUUAAACUAAUGCAUUUGUUGAGAAUUGUCGUAAUAUUAAUCAAUUAGGUUAAUUCCAGUAUAUAGUAAAUAACUGUGAAUCAAAUGCCUGCGUCGUAAGUCUGAUUUAGUAAGGGUAUCAAAUACUGUGAAGUUGAUCUUACUGAUUUAUUUAGUUAGCAAAAGAAGUUUAUUAUGUUCAUAUAUUGUAUUUAAUUGUUAUAUUAUGUUAUUAAAAAAAUUUACAAUCUUUAAAAAAAACAAAUAUUGGGGCUAGUAACCAAUGCUAGUGACUUGUAAUCGUGAUUUAAAAAGUUAUUAUAUAUAUAGAAAAAACCAAACUAUUUUGAGUGU